GCUCACUCCAUCACCAUGAACGAGCAAAAUUUCAAUCUUUGUCGUGGUUUAAUCCCCACAAACUACGUCAACCAGGCACAGAAUGCAAGAAAAACUAUUGAGAAUGAAAUAAGAGUCUUUUUAGAACACAAAAAGCUACCAAAGCGUGGAUGGGAUGAUGCUAAGAUUGAAAUGCUUUUGCAAGAGCUUUCGAUCAUGGAUAGCAACAAUUUCACAGGAAAUGUUGGUGCUGGCGAAAGAGAAGGUCGAAUCGCUUCAUCCAUGGUUGCUAGAAGACACUUCAGACUAGCUCAUGGAAUCGGAAGGUCUGGGGACAUUACAGCCAUCCAGCCUAAAGCUGCAGGGUCAUCACUUCUUAUGAAGUUGACUAAUUCAAUGGUGCUUGAUGUCAUUAAACUGGCAGGAGURAAUUCAGCAAAAUCCUGUGCAGUGUUGCCAUUAGCAACUGGUAUGAGUUUAGUCAUGGUCCUUUUAACCCUUCGUCAAAGCCGACCUGAAGCAAAGUAUGUUCUCUGGCCAAGAAUWGAUCAGAAGUCUUGCUUUAAGAGUAUGAUUACUGCAGGUCUGAUUCCUGUCAUCAUUGAGAAUGUUCUCCAUGGAGAUGAACUUACCACUGAUUUAAAAGCCAUUGAACAAAAAAUACAAGAYCUUGGAAGUGAAGCUYUUGUUUGUGUGAUGACAACAACAAGCUGCUUUGCACCAAGYGUACCAGACAGUGUUGGUAAUGGUAGCAUUGGUAAUGGUAGUGUUGCAGUUAUUGCUGGAUUUGACAAGACAUUCAUUGAUAAAGUCUGCGAGAAUUAUCCUGGUCGUGCUUCAGCGACACCCUCUAUAGAUAUGUUUAUCACCCUUUUAUCACUUGGUGCUGAAGGAUAUGAAAAUUUAUUGAAAGAGCGCAAGGAAAUUUACAGCUAUUUAUCUGAAGGCUUGUCAAAGACUGCUUCAAGACAUGGAGAAAAGUUGCUGAAUACUAGACAUAAUCCUAUAUCUCUAGCGGUCUCACUUCAUAGUGAACGCGGUUUGUCGUCAGACUCGAGCGGAGCAACACAACUUGGCUCCAUGCUGUUUACUCGUUGUGUUUCUGGUGCGAGGGUUGUCGCCCCAGGGAAUACCAAGGUAAUAAACGAUUACAUGUUCACAAACUGGGGAUCKCAUUCAAACCAUUAUCCAUUUGCCUACUUGACUGCUGCCGCAGCCAUUGGAAUGACGAAAGAAGACGUCGAUUCGUUUUUACAUCGAUUGGAUAAAUGCCUCGGUAAAUGCAGCUUCAAUGGUYUUGCACAACCCAUGAACGACUUGAAUCUCGACAAAAAAGAAGCUGACGAGGAAACACCGGCGACGAGUAGUUAAUAGUGUCAUGAUGUAAUUAAGUGCUCUUUCCUUUACUUAUGCCAUUUACGGGCCGACCGUCGUACAGAGUAUCGCAAGGAAGGGCAGCCGCACCGUAGAGAUUCAAGUAGACUGGAAACUAACGUCUACGUACAAGGGCAUGGCAUUACUAAAAAGCGCCAAGUAAAACAACAGCUAGACAAUUGCCAAUCUCUCUGUUAAAAAGGACGUCUUAUUGUUGUCCAUUGAGAGAAUUGGCGGCAAAGUAAUUUAAUGGCAAAUACAUGCUAACAAAUACAGUAAGGAACCAAAAAAUAAAUAUGAAUUUUAUGUGCAUAAAGCAAAAAAUAGAUCGAUCAAAGCAAAUACUAAAAAUAAAACAAAGAAAAAAGCAGAACUAGGCCAGAGAAGUCUUUUAGACUGUUUCAAAUUUAAGACCAAAUAGGCUCUUGAGCAAAAACUUAAUUCUAGUAUCUCUCCUUCUUUUGACAUGUAUGUACACGCGGGGAGACGACUGGCACGAGUCAGGUCUAGCAGAUUUUUAUAUUCUGGGUUAUAAGCGGAGAAUUGCUAUAUUUGAAUUGAUUUUUGAAUUAUAUUUAUAUUAAAGUAAGCAAUAAAAUUGUAAUAAUUGUGUGAAAUGUAGAACAAUUAAAGAAAGUUCAUCACUUCA